AUGGCUCUCCAUGCAACUAGAGAAUCUAAUGAACUACUAUUUUUCGUUAAUCAAAAAAAGAUAAUGGAGAAGAAUGCUGAUCCAGAAACAAUGCUGUUGUCCUACUUGAGAAAGAAUCAUAUCCUUUUCUCUGUCUGCCUCACAGGGACAAAGUACGGAUGUGGAAGCGGGGGCUGUGGGGCCUGCACCGUAAUGAUAUCCAUGUAUAAUCCAGUGUCCGAGGAGAUAUUGCAUUACUCAGCCAACGCUUGUCUUAUUCCAAUAUGUUCACUGCAUGGUGCUGCAGUUACAACUGUUGAAGGUAUUCGAAGCACAAAGUCUAGUAAUCAUCCAGUUCAGGAAAGGAUUGCAAAGUGUCAUGGCUCCCAGUGUGGUUUCUGUACACCUGGAAUGGUAAUGUCCAUCUAUGCUUUAUUGCAAAACCAUCCUGAACCCUCUUCAGAGCAAAUAUAUGAGGCAUUGGCAGGUAAUCUCUGCCGUUGUACUGGUUACAGGGCAAUAAUUGAAGGCUGUAAGACUUUCUGUAAAAUCAAUGACCGUGACUGUUCUGAAAUUAAGAAGGGGAAUUGUUGCUUGGAUAUAGAAGAAAGCUUUUCCCUCUGUAAACAAAAUGAAAAUUGCAGAAAGCUGCUCAGAGCAGAAGAAUUCCAGCCAUGGGACCCAGUCCAGGAUCGUACUUUUCCACCUGAGCUCCUAUUGAUGGCUACUGACCAGCAUAAAAGAACUCUAGUUUUCUAUGGAAAAAGAACAACUUGGAUUUCUCCAAUGAGUCUGAAGGAACUGCUAGAACUGAAAUCCAAAUUCCCCAAAGCACCUCUUGUAGUAGGAAAUACCACUGUUGGAACUGAUGUGAAAUUUAAGGGCACUAUCCAUCCAGUCAUCAUCUCUCCUGCCAGGAUUUUAGAACUGAACACUGUGAUUUUCUCAGAAACUGGGCUAACACUAGGAGCUGCCUGCAGCUUGUCUUUAAUGAAACGUGUUUUGACAAGAGCUGCCUCAGAACUUCCAAGACAGAAAGCAAGGAUUUUCCAUGCCCUUUUACAGCAGUUAAAAUGUCUGGGUGGACAUCAGAUCAGGAACAUAGCUUGUUUAGGUGGUAACAUCAUUAGCCGGCAUACAUCUUCAGAUCUAAAUCCUGUUCUUGCUGUUGGCCACUGUAUUCUUAAUUUGGCAUCAUUAAAGGGGGUGCGACAGAUUCCUUUAAAUGAAGAUUUUUUGACUGGGGCUGCAAAUGGUAUCCUCAUACCAGAUGAAAUUUUAGUGUCUGUUUUCAUUCCUUACUCAAAGAUGGGUGAGUUUGUAUCAGCAUUCCGACAGGCCCAACGUCAGGAAAAUUCCCUGCCUAUUGUGAAUGCUGGAAUGAGGGUUUCCUUUAAACCGGGUUCAGAUGUUAUUACAGACUUCAGCAUUUUUUAUGGAGGCAUUGCUUCUACCACAAUCUGCCCAAAGAAAUCUUGCCAAACACUUAUAGGGAGAAACUGGAAUGAACAAACACUGGAAGAAGCUUGCAGGCUAGUCUCUGAGGAGGUGUCUGUCCUUGACCCCCCUCCGGAAGGAAUAACAGAAUACAAACAAACUCUGAUGAUCUGUUUCAUAUAUAAAUUCUAUUUACAAACAUUGCAACAAUUACACCAAAUGUAUCCAUCUAGCUAUCUCCCUAUACCACUGAAAUAUAUGAGAAGCUUGGAGGAGUUCCAUACUAAGUUACCUCAUGGUUCACAAAAGUACCAGGAUGUUGCUCCUGAACAAUUGCCCCAUGACACAGUGGGGUAUCCCAUCAUGCAUCAUGCAGGUAUUAAGCAUGCCACUGGAGAAGCAGUCUAUUGUGAUGACAUUCACCCCUUGGAGAAGGAAUUCUUUCUGACCUUGGUAACAAGUUCAAGAGCCCAUGCACAGAUUGUAUCAAUUGAUAUAUCAGAAGCUCUUCAGCUGCCAGGAGUAAUUGAUGUGAUAACAGCUAAAGAUGUUCCAGGUUCAAAUGAAUUCUGUUGCCUAACUCAACCAGAGAAUUUAUUUGCAGCAGAUAAGGUAACCUGUGUGGGUCAGAUAGUUUGUGCUGUGGUUGCUGAUUCAGCUGCUCAUGCAAAGCAUGCGACUACAAAAGUAAAAAUAUCAUAUGACGCUCUGGAACCAGUUCUUCUGACUAUUGAGGAAGCAAUCGAGCACAAGUCAUUCUUUGAUCCAGAAAGAAAACUAGAACUAGGAAAUGUUCAGGAUGGAUUUGAUACAGUGGAUCAUAUUCUUGAAGGGGAAAUUCACAUUGGGGGACAGGAGCAUUUCUACAUGGAACCUCAAAGUGUACUUGUUGUUCCAAAGGGAGAAGAUAAAGAAAUAGAUAUUUAUGUGUCCUCACAGAAUCCAGCAUUUACUCAGGAGCUGGUGGCCUCUGUUUUAAAUGUCCCCUGCAAUAGGAUUAUGUGCCAUGUAAAACGAGUUGGAGGUGGAUUUGGUGGGAAAGUAACUAAACCUGCUAUUCUCGCUGCUGUCACUGCAGUGGCAGCUAACAAAACUGGUCAUGCAGUCCGUUGUAUUCUAGAUCGAGCAGAUGAUAUGUUAAUAACUGGGGGUAGGCAUCCUUUCCUUGGCAGGUACAAAGUUGGCUUUAUGAAUGAUGGCACAAUUGUGGCUCUGGAUAUGAGGUACUACAGUAACGCUGGAUGUACACCAGAUGAAUCGCUUGCAAUAAGUUUUAAUGCAUUGCUAAGAAUGGACAACGCGUACAAGAUUCCCAACCUAGUAUGUCGAGGAAGUGCCUGUAAAACAAAUUUGCCAUCCAACACAGCUUUCAGGGGAUUUGGUUUUCCUCAAUCAGCUCUUGUUACAGAAACAUGGAUAACAGAUAUAGCAAUCCAAACAGGUUUACCACCAGAAAAGAUUAGAGAGAUUAACAUGUAUAAAAAGUUUGACAAAACACAUUACAAACAGGAAGUUGACGCAAAGAACUUGCUACGAUGUUGGAAUGAAUGCAUGGAGAAGUCAUGUUUUUACAGUAGGAAAAAGAAUGUGGAAGAAUUUAAUACGCACAAUUACUGGAGAAAGAAAGGGAUUGCUAUUAUCCCACUAAAAUAUUCAAUCGGAUUUGAGCCAAUGUUUCUAAAUCAGGCUGCAGCCCUUGUUCAUAUCUACUUGGAUGGACAUGUGUUGGUAGCUCAUGGUGGUGUUGAAUUAGGUCAAGGUAUUCACACCAAAAUCAUACAGAUUGCCAGUCGUGAAUUAAGGAUACCAGCAUCUUAUAUUUUUAUCUGUGAAACAAGUACAGUGACUGUGCCUAAUACAAGACCUACAGCAGCCUCUAUUGGUACAGACAUCAAUGGAAUGGCAGUUAAGGAUGCAUGUGAAACUCUUAUGAAGCGGCUUAAGGACAUCAUGGACAAAAACCCUGAGGGAACAUGGAAAGACUGGGUUAAGCAAGCUUUUCGCCAAAGCAUUAGUCUUUCAGCUACUGGCUUCUUCAGAGGUUAUGAUACAAACAUGGAUUGGGAAAAAGGGGAAGGCCGACCAUUUGAAUAUUUUGUUUAUGGAGCUGCUUGUUCAGAAGUUGAAAUAGACUGUCUAACAGGAGAUCAUAAGAAUAUCAGGACAGACAUCAUUAUGGAUGUUGGUUGCAGCAUUAAUCCAGCUAUAGAUAUAGGACAGAUUGAAGGUGCUUUUGUACAAGGUCUUGGUCUUUAUACAAUGGAGGUGCUCAAAUACUCUCCAGAAGGAGCUCUGCUUACCUGUGGCCCAAAUCAGUAUAAAAUCCCUGCAGUCUGUGACGUCCCAGAACAAUUUUCUGUCUCUCUGCUUUCUUCAUCAGAAAACAGCAGUGCAAUUUAUUCGUCCAAGGCAAUUGGUGAGCCAGCUGUCUUCUUGGGAUGUUCUGUCUUUUUUGCGAUAAAGGAUGCUAUUGUUGCAGCACGUAAGGAAAGAGGAUUCACUGGAAUAUUUACGCUGAAUAGCCCAGCAACUCCUGAGCAUAUUCGAAUGGCGUGUGUUGAUCAAUUCAUUAAGAUGGUAUGA